GCAAGCAAUGGGAUCCCCAAGCCCCUCGGCUGUGUGUUUUCACUUUAAGGAAAGGGCUUCACCCUACUUCUCCUUUCUCAGACGUCCUCCAGCUUCCUUAUCACAUUCUCACCGUAUUUCCUCGUCACAGCUGAGCCGCGAGCUAACAGCGUUUGGUUGCUACAAUGUAGUGUACUCUUUUCCUCACGAUAAAUCGGAGGUUUCCCUGUAGGCCUUUGUCCGUUCACGUCAGGCGAAUUCUAUCCUGGAAUAUCACACUAGACUGGGUCAACGCGUCCUGCACGUCUAGCGUCUCCCUCUCCCGAGACUCGCACAGCAGCGGCCAAGCUUUGGGGGACAGCCCAGCUGACGCGGGCGUCUCGCGGGGCGGGGCUGGCAGCCGCCGGGGAGGGGGAACUUCCGGCCGGACGGAUCCCGCAGUCGCGCAGCAAUCGCAUCAUACAACCCGUGAUUCGGGUCUCGGGGUCCCAGCUGCCCCACUCUUCUCCAACAACUGUCUGUGCCUCGUCCCUCAUGACAAAUGAUGUCAGUGGGCCGUGGCGACCGCCCUCGAGAGGUCAGCGGCUUAGCCCGCACCUCGGCGCUCGCGGAAUCGGCUGGCGCGGCUCUGGGGCGGCACGGGCGGGGCUGCCUUGGGUCGCGCGCGGCACCGCGGUGACGUCACUCUUGCGCGCGCAGUAGGCGUGGCCUAAAUUUCAACGCAGUUGGCGGGAGCCGAGGCUGAGGGAGAGUCCAGGGCGCUGUCCUGCGAUGGAGCCCUCCGCCGGGAGCAAGGAGUAUACAGAAGGCACGGCGACCGGGGAGUGGAUGAAUACAAUCCCGGUUCCAAGACCACCCUCCAUUGAAGAAUUCACCAUAGUGAAGCCCAUUAGUCGUGGUGCCUUCGGGAAAGUGUAUCUGGGGCAGAAAGGCGACAAGUUGUACGCAGUCAAGGUUGUCAAAAAAGCAGACAUGAUCAAUAAAAAUAUGACUCAUCAGGUACAAGCUGAGAGAGAUGCACUGGCACUAAGCAAAAGUCCUUUCAUUGUCCAUUUGUACUAUUCGCUGCAGUCAGCAAGUAAUGUCUACUUGGUAAUGGAAUAUCUUAUUGGUGGAGAUGUCAAGUCUCUUCUACAUAUAUAUGGUUAUUUUGAUGAAGAGAUGGCUGUGAAGUAUAUUUCUGAAGUAGCGCUGGCUCUAGACUACCUUCAUAGACAUGGAAUCAUCCACAGGGAUUUGAAACCAGACAAUAUGCUGAUUACUAAUGAGGGUCAUAUUAAACUGACAGAUUUUGGUCUUUCCAAAGUGACUUUGAAUAGAGAUAUCAAUAUGAUGGAUAUUCUUACAACACCAUCUAUGGCCAAACCUAAGCAAGAUUAUUCAAGAACCCCAGGACAAUUAUUAUCGCUCAUCAGUUCUUUGGGAUUCUUCACACCACUUGCAGAAAAACACCAAGACUCUGAAAACAUCCUUUCAACCCUAUCAGAAACACCACAGCUUUCUCAAGGAUUAAUUUGUCCCAUGUCUAUAGAUCAAAAGGAGACUACACCUUAUUCUAGCAAACUACUAAAAUCAUGUCUUGAAACACUUGCUUCCAACCCGGGAAUGCCCGUGAAAUGUCUGACUUCUAAUCUACUCCAGUCUAGGAAACGGCUGGCUACUUCUAGCACCAGCAGUCAGUCCCACACCUUCGUGUCCAGUGUGGAGUCAGAAUGCCACAGCAGCCCCAGAUGGGAAAAGCACUGCCAGGAAAGUGAUGAAGCUUUGGGCUCUACAAUGAUGAGCUGGAAUGCAGUGGAAAAGCUAUGUCCAAAAUCUGCAAAUGACAUCAGUAUCAAAAGUUUCCAUAAAAAGGAUCUUGAGUUGGCCUUUUCUCCGAUUCAUAACAACAGUGCCAUUCCUGCCACUGGAGGAUCUUGUGUAAACAUUGCUAAAAAAUGCUCCUCUGCAGAAGUUUCUUGGGAAGCAAGAGAACUUGAUGUAAAUAACGGGAAUACGGGCCCUGACACAGGACAGUCUACUUCCCGGCAGUCAAAUCAGUGGACUGUAAAUUCUACGAGUGCAUCUGAAGAGCCUCUUGGGAAAAGAAGUUUAAAAAGAAAUUUUGAAUUUUUGGAUUCUAGUCCCUGUCAGGAAAUUAUACAAAAUAAAAAAAGUUGUGUAGAGAAUAAGCAUAGUAAAAAGAUGAUAGAUUGUCAUACAAAUCGAAGUACAGGCUUAACAGCUAAAGUCCAUGGUCUUAAGUCAUCAGUAUAUAGAUGUCAGCAAAACGACUGUGCUAAUAAGGAGAAUGUUGCCCAUUAUUUUACUGAUAAAGAAACACCAAAAAAUUCUGUACCUGUAAUAGCAAAAAAUCUCAUGUGCGAACUAGAUGAAGAUUGUGAGAAGACUAAUAAGGAGUACUUAGAUUCUAAUUUUUUAUAUUGUGAUGAUGAUAGAGUUCCUAGAAGUAUUUGUAUGGAUUCAGAUUCCUCCUUUCCUGGGAUUUCUAUAAUGGAAAGUUCAUUAGAAAGGCAGUCCUUAGAUCCAGAUAGAAGCAUUAAAGAAUCCUCUUUUGAAGAAUCAAAUAUUGAAGAUCUCCUUACUGUAUCACCAAAUUGCCAAGAAAAUACCAUGCCAAAAAUUGUUGAGAACCCUACUAUCCAAGAGAGUAACCAAAAAAUGUUAGCUGCUUCUUCAGAGGUCUUGAAAACAUUAACCCUCUGUAAAAGAAAUGCUGUCGCUUUUCGAAGUUUUAACAGUCAUAUUAAUACAUCGAAUAACUCGGUACCAUCCAAAAUGAGCAUUACUUCUUUAGAUACAAUGGAUAUUUCAUGUGCAUCUAGUGGUUCGUAUCCCAUGGCUAUAACUCCUACUCAGAAAGGAAGAUCCUCUAUGCCGUAUCAGCAGACCCCAAAGCAGAUCAGGUCUGGAACUUCAUACCGAACUCCAAAGAGUGUGAGAAGAGGGGCAGCGCCAGCAGAUGACGGGCGCAUCCUAGGAACCCCAGACUACCUCGCACCUGAGCUGUUACUGAGCACAGCCCAUGGUCCUGCAGUAGACUGGUGGGCACUUGGAGUUUGCUUGUUUGAAUUUCUAACAGGAAUUCCCCCUUUCAAUGAUGAAACACCACAACAAGUAUUCCAGAAUAUUCUGAAAAGAGACAUACCUUGGCCAGAAGGUGAAGAAAAGUUAUCUGAUAAUGCUCAAGGUGCAGUAGAAAUACUUUUAACCAUUGAUGAUACAAAGAGAGCUGGAAUGAAAGAACUGAAAUGUCAUCCUCUCUUCAGUGAUGUGGACUGGGAAAAUCUGCAGCAUCAGACUAUGCCUUUCAUACCCCAACCAGAUAAUGAAACAGACACAUCAUACUUUGAAGCCAGAAAUAAUGCUCAGCACCUGACCGUCUCUGGAUUUAGUCUAUAACAUAUAAAUGUCCCUUCGGUUGAACCCUGUGUUAUAGAAUAAGCUCCAUUAAUUAUUUACUCCUGUAGAUGUAAGGGGGGAUAUUUUACCUGGAUCAAUGAGAUUUUAAUAUAACAGCUUUCACAGAGGCAAAAGGUUAUAAGGAAUAUAAUCAGUAAUUUCUCUUACUCUCUGAACUGUUUGUAAAUCUUUAAAGCUCUUUUGACCAUAUUUAUUUUGUUAAGUGCACUUUAUGAAAAGUAAAGCAUCAAUAAAACUAGAAUGACACUACUGCUAUAUAGACAGAGAGUCACAAGCUGGAGUUUCUGUUUCUCUGUUGAUUUCAGUCCAUCCUUCAGUUUGGUAUUAAAACAACAAAUGUACAAUUCCAUUUCAAUUUAAUUUACUUGCAUAAUAUGCCUGCAAAAAAAUGUCUCAAGGGUAAACACUUAAGGUAACGUCGUGUAACCCUGGAAAUGUAGCUAGAAGGAAUUCUCCGCCCCUUCGGGUAACUCCUUGGGGAAUGAAGAUUAAACAAAAGUACUAAAGUUUUAGCUUGCCUUACUAAACCCAGUUUUACUGCCUUGACUGCUUUUGGUGUUUGCCCCUUCAAUAUCUAUUUGUUUAAAGUAAUACUGGAAAGGUGAAGUGUGAAUACUGUAAGUAAUUUUAAUAGCUUUUUCACUUUUAAUAGAUGGGAUGUUUUACAUCUUAUAAUCAUUUUCAACAUUAUCAAAACAGACAUCCUUAAAAAUAAUGUACUUUUGCCUAGUAAAUAUAAUUUAACAAAUAGAUCACCAGUCAACAUCAUUCUUUUUAAAAAAAAAUACUAAAAUUCAGCUCACACAUCUUAUCUUAAAUUUAUUAAGACUUCCAGCAUGUUAAACCUAUAAAAAGGCAAAGUCCAAAAGUUAAGCAUACCAUAAAGUGAGUGUUCUGCUACUACAAUAACCUAUCGACUAUGAUUAUUCCUUUUGCACAUUGGUUUUAGUGGAUUUACUCUCCAUUACCAUCCCAGAGCCCCGUUACAGUGUGCUUCACUAAGACAAUAAAGUGUCAAAGCAUUUCAGUGAAGCCAGGUGUAGUGACACAUCCUGCAAUCUCAGCACUGAGGAGACUGAAGAAGGAGGAUUGCUGCACAUUUGAGGCCAGCCUGGGGUAUGUACUCGGUUCAAAGCCCUGGUCAAACUGUAUAAUGAGAUCUUGUUUAAAAUACAAAUAAAAUUUUUUUUUUCUCUU